AAAAAACAACAAGGAAAAAAAACCGAAAAAUGGUGUAUGAAAAUGUUAUUUGUUCAAGAUUGCAGGAUUCAUAUCGAUGGCUUGUUGGAUGGUGGUUGGAAUUCCCGCAUUGAUUCACAAACAUCAGUAUAUCUAUCAAGGGAUAAAGAAUUCCUGGAAAUUUUAAUAGGACUCGUUGGAGUCUGUGUUACUGGAGUUUUCAUGUAUUAUAUCUCUACUCUAUUUACAAAGAAUGAAAAGGACGACCAACAUGACAUGAAAUUACUACCACAGAUUUUUGGUUGGUGUAGCGCUAUUUUCUAUUUUGGUGCAAGAGUUCCUCAAAUUAUUCAAAACUAUAAGUCACAAUCCACUAAAGGAUUAUCACUAGCUAU